AUGAAGAAAUCCCUCAAGACAUCCAUGGCAAUGCCUGGUGGCAGCAGGAUCCGGCGAUCGGAACAUCUACUAUUCCAUAAGUACAGUAUACCUUGUCUCCUUCUUGUUAUUGCUUGCACCUUCUAUCAAUCUGAUCAAAACAUAUUCCUGGAAACUGGGGAACUCAAUCUUAGAAUGUCUGACAGCCUGUCAGAAGGUGGUUUUCAUGGCACAUUUGGAGUUACAUCGUUUCCCCGGUGUCAAUUUGGGGGUAGAUUCGGCGGUAUAGCGACUGGCUGGCCUGCAAAGGGCGGCUACUACAGCCAUUUAUGCUCAGUAGCAGAGCUGGAGUUCCUUGGUCUCGAUCGAUUCAAGCCCGCCAACAAGUCAGACGAGCCCGACAAGGAGGAGGCUCACUGUGCCAAAAUGCGUCAGCCUGGAGCCAAAUGGUACCGCGACCCUUUCCACCAACUUUCAGAGCAAGACAAGAAAAACGAUCUUGAUGCUCCCCGCUUGUUCGUGGGCUAG